UUGAGGUCGUGAUGAUGGUGCAGUGGGGUUUGUUUGUCUGUCUAUCUGCUGUAUGCAUUUCAGCAGCAGCAGCUGGAAAAGUUGUAACAGCAGACUCACUGUUCGCACCCAGACGAGAGGUAGGGAUAGUUACCAGCAGUCAAGUCGACGAGGCGUCUGGUCUUGCAGCAAGCAGACGACACCCUAACGUCUUGUACACACACAAUGACCAUGGCGGGAAACCAGACGUAAUCGUCCUCAAUGCCACUACCGGGAAACGUCUGGCCACUUGGACAAUCCGGGGAGUACAGAAUGAGGACUGGGAGGAUUUGGCCAUGGUUCCCUGCCCUGACAACGGAUGGUGUCUUCUUAUUGGCGACAUUGGAGACCAAGGAACCAACACUAUUUACCGCAUUAAGGAACCCGAUGUGAUCAGGACAGAAACACUCAACGUUGACGCUUCUUUGAAAUAUUCAUGGAACGAAGACGAGUCCGAGUCACUGUUGACAGAUCCUCAGGGAGAAAUGUACCUUGUCACUAAAGUAGACGCCGGACAGCGCCCCAAAGUUUACAACGUCCCAAAGAUCGGCUGGGGAAGCCCGAACCCUGUCCGUUUGUCCAACGGCGUCACGCUUCCAAUCACCUCUGUCAAGAAUGGGCCUUUGGGCGGGGAUAUCUCACCAGACGGGAGUGAGAUUUUGGUGAAAACCAGAGAGGCCGUGUAUUACUGGCGCAAGCAAGAUGGCGACACCUACGAGAACACGAUGAGGCAAACGCCCCAGUCGUUGCCGUACACCCGCGAACCGCAGGGAGAAGCUAUCUGCUGGAGUCCCAGUGGAAAUGGUUAUUAUACCCUGAGUGAAGGUUUGGACCAACCCCUUUACUUCUAUGCCAGAUUGUAAUUGUACAAUUUUGAAAUCAAUCAAUUUUUUUGGGAUUACUGUUCAAAAAUUUAAAAAUGACCGAUACUUCACAAGAUAGUGAA